CCUUUCCACUUGUGGCCAUACUGCAUCACAAUAGCGAAUUAAAAACAACAUUGCAAAGCGAAAACGCCCAGAAAACAAUGAUUAUGGAAAGCAAUUAGAUAGCUGCAAAACGCAUCGAAAUGAGUAAACACAUCUGCACCCGCUGGGCCUUUGACCUGGGCAGCUGGAGGCCCACACUUCCUCAACUGAGCCAGGCGGUGGCCCCAAUUCAACCGGAGGAACGAGCUCGGCUCAUGAAGUUCCACUUCAUCGAUGACUUUCUGUCCUCACUAAUUGGUCGCCUUCUGAUGCGGAAAUAUGUGAGCACGUGCAGCGGAUUGCAGCCGGCGGAAGUGAAGUUCGCCCGGGAUGUAAGGGGUAAACCCUACUGGGUGAGGGAGGGCUACGAUGGGCCACCUCUCAGCUUCAAUGUCUCGCAUCAGGGAAGCCUUGUUCUUUUGGCUGGCAUUACGGGAGAGAGCAGUGAUCCCGACUUCGGAAUCGGCACAGAUGUUAUGAAGAUCGAGUACAGUGGUGGCAAGUCGCUGCCGGAGUUCUUUCGCCUGAUGAAGAGCAAGUUUUCCACCGAGGAAUGGAGCUAUAUUGGAAGACCACAUCAUGAUGAGCGGGAACAGGUGAAGGCCUUCAUGCGUCACUGGUGCCUCAAGGAGGCGUACGUCAAGGAGCUAGGCGUUGGCAUUACUGUGGACCUGCAAAGGAUCAGCUUCUCAGUUGACACUACUCGAAGUUUGGAGACGGACGUUUCCCCUCUCAUCGGUACCAGCCUGCGUUGCCACGACAAACCCAUGGAGAAUUGGCAUUUCGAGGAGCAUUUACUGCAGGAGGACUACUGCGCGGCCAUUGCAUUCCGGAAUUGUUUGCCACCAGAGCAUGGAAGGUUUAAGUUCCUGCAAGUUGAGGAACUUCUUGUGAAGAGUGAAGAUUCGGAACUGGAGGAAGUGAUCGCCUACUGCCAAAAGGGUCUUCUUAAGCCCUACAAGCGAUCAUGAUGGCUAAGAACUAUGCGGAAUCUAAGCCAAGCGAACGUAGCUCCUAGAAACAGCGCUGUUAUCCCUAGAAUAAACAUGCAUUUAUAUUUUCACAAUA